AUGAAUAACUUGCUGACGACAACUGCGAACAUUAAGCUAUUGUAUGAUGGCGAUAAAUAUCGAUGGACUGGUUCCCUUAUCGAGUUAAAGGAAUUCGUUAAUAAGUAUCUACAAAUUAAAGGGGAAUGGACUUCACCUGGUGGUCAUGUUAAACUAUUUACCGCUGAGGCUUCUGAUUUCGCUAUUAAAUGGUAUGGCCCACGUUCACAGAAGCUUACGAUUGAAGUUGAUAGCUGUGAUCACUAUCUAGAGGCGAAACUUAUGAACUUGUCUGUUGGUAAGCAAGUAAGUGAAGGCGAAUUGCAUGCAAACAAAGAUGACGCUCUUAAAUCAUCGGGGCCGUGUAGCUGUAGUUGUAAAUGCUCGGGCGGAGUUGCCGUAGCUAGCUUGGAAGGUUUGAAAUUGGAUAUAGCAAUCCUAGAAUCACGUCUUAACUUGGCUAACCCGAGCGACGAGAUACUUUCAGAACUAAUUUUAAUCCAAAAUAAGCAACGGGAUAUUGAAGCCACUAUCCGAAAACAAGAUGAAAUUAUAUGCAAACUUUACGAGGAUAAUACAUUUUUUAAGUCGAAAUUACAAUCUUUUAUAAAUUUAAUCCCAGCCGCAUCUCAUAACAAUCAGGAAAACAAUAAUGGUGGUACAAUUAGCUUUGCUAACAACGUUUGUAAAUCACCCUCUAUUGUAAACAACCAAUUCCAUGAGAACAAAGACUGCGCAUCAGGCGAUUCACUAAUUCUUUUAGAUGAACCGCAACUGAGUGAUGUUGAGAACAAAGCCCUCAAUCCCGCUAGCGUAAUUAACAAAGAAGACGAACCUUCCACUCGUACUAGUAAUCAGUAUCACGAAAAUAACGUCAGUGAGUCGGCUAAUGUAAUCAAUUUAUCUGUUGAGAAAUCAUCAUCCCGCCGCCGAGAACAAUUACAUGAAAUAGGAAAAUUGACUACAAAUAAUAAAACGCCUAAGGAAUUGUUCCAGCAAACUCGAAAAAGCUUGAUCCCGUGCCCAUAUUUGUUUGGAAGGGGUUGGUGUGUAAAAGCAAGCAAAUGCGAUUAUUCUCACCAAAACACUGGCAGAGAAAAAAAUGAGUUGCUCAAAAGUGAAGUGCCGUGUCCGUUUUUGAAGAAAAGAGGUUUUUGUCUGAAAGGAACAAGUUGUGACUUUCUACAUCCUGUAAAACCCCAACCGUCAGCACGACCAAGAAAUAUGUCCCGAUAUGUCCCCAACUACCCACCCGUUCCCCUUUGUCAACCAAGCAUUGGACAAGACGUAAGGUUUCCUUUUUUAUGUCCUGCCCCCAGGUUUGUGAACCCCUCCUUCCCCCCCUCAUUAAUGAAUGUCCCUACCUGGCCUCCCCGGAUGUAUUGA